UCCUCAUCCUCCUCUCUCACCGUCCGGCUGCGCUCUGCCUCCAGGUACGGCUUCGACACGCCGCCCGACUACAACGACCACGAGCUCUACUGCGGCGGCUUCAGCAGGCAGUGGCAGCGCAACAAGGGCAGGUGCGGCGUCUGCGGCGACCCGUGGGACACGCCCCAGCCGCGGCUCCACGAGGCGGGCGGCAAGUACGGCACCGGCACCCUGGUGCGCAAGUACCUGACGGGCACGGCCAUCACCAUCCGCAUCGAGCUCACCGCCAACCACAGGGGGUACUUCGAGUUCCGCCUGUGCCCCGUCAACGACCCGCGGCAGGACGCCACGCAGGAGUGCCUGGACCGACACGUGCUGCAGCGCGCCGACCGGCCGGACCGCGGGGUGGAGGGCGAGGGCGGCGAGGGCGAGCCCCACGCGUCGCGCUACUACCCGGGCCCGGGCAACAAGGUGUUCGCGUCCAAGUACCGGCUGCCGCCACAGUUCACGUGCAAGCACUGCGUGCUGCAGUGGCGCUACAUCGCGGGCAACAACUGGGGCAUGUGCGCCAACGGCACGGGCGCCGUCGGCUGCGGGCCCCAGGAGGAGUUCCGCGCCUGCGCCGACGUGGUCAUCGUCAACUCGGCGGGCGAGGCCGACGACACCCCCCUGGCCCCCGAGGACGUCGACGUGGACACGCCCGUGGACGGCACCCCGGCGCCCAAGUCGCACGACUCGGGCUCGGGCCUGUUCGUGCUCCUCAUCGCGCUGUGCGCCCUGGCCGGCUCCGCCACCGUCUUCUCCCUCAUGUACCUCUACUUCUACCACGCGGGCGACCGCGUCAAGGGCUGGCUCGCGGCGCGAAGGCGAAACACCAAGGGCGCCGUCGGUGCCGCGGUGCUGCCGCCCGGCCCGCCAGCGCCGCCGCCCAGGCACAAGCGGCCCAGCAGCAUGGGGGCCACCAUCGUCUGCUAGCGGGCACCUGCCGGGCGCCGCCCGCCAAGCUCACUGCCAUCAGGAUCUCACGACUCCGGACUCGAUUACAUGUUCGAAACGUUGUUUUAAAUUGAAACUAUCCUGGAAAUGACUUUGGUACAUUCGUUAGACUCAUGAUGGUCUUAAACACAACCGUGGCUGUAUUGCUGUUUCACGCCAUUAGUUCCUAAAAAGAAUCAAAAACUGCAUGGGUGUAAUUUUUUUGUUGAAGUGCAGCAAAUUGUGAUAUUUCUUUUAACGUUUCAAUCACUUAGAGACAUGCCAACACGAGGUGAAUUAAGAAGAGAAGUAGAUUUGCACUCAGGGUACAUUAAAAGAAGACUGUUACCUAGAUGACUGGAACCAUUCUGGGGUCCACUGAGUAAUUUAUG